AUGGCAGAGAGCCGCACCGCCUUGCUGCAGCUGCUGGCGCCGCUGAUGGAGGGCGUGCGGCACCUGGCGGCGUAUCGCUGCUCAGAGGCGCUGGCCGCGCUUAGCCGGCUACCCAUGUCGCAGGCUCGCACAGCCUGGGUUAUGGGCGCAAUGGGGCGGGCGCACUUUGAGAGCAUGAACUACGCCAAGGCAGCGCAGGUGCGCUUUGAGAGCGCACGGCAAUUGGACCGCACCCGAGUAGAGGGCAUGGAGAUCUACAGCACCGUGUUAUGGCACACCAAGCGCGAGUACGAACUGAGCCACCUGGCGCAGGAAUGCGUUGCGACAGACAGAUUGGCGCCACAGACGUGGUGUGUGUUGGGGAACCUGUUCAGCAGCCAGAAGGAGCACGAGGCGGCCAUCGAGUUCUUUCUGCGCGCGGCGCAGGUUGACCCUACGUUCACGUACGCCUACACGCUGGCGGGGCACGAGUACUUUGCCAAUGAGGACUACGACAAGGCAGCCGCCUGCUACCGCUCCGCACUGAAACUGGAUCCCAGGCAUUACAAAGCCAUGUACGGCCUGGGCCAAAUCGCAUAUCGGCAGGAAAAAUACGCCGAGGCGCUCCAGAACUUCCGUCUGGCUGCGGGCAUCAACCCGCGGUCCUCGGUGUUGCGCUGCUACGUGGGAAUGAGUGCAGCCAAGCUGGGACAGACGCCACUGGCUCUGGAGAAGCUGCAGGAGGCCAUUGAUUUGGAUCCGGCCAACCCUCUGGCGCGAUUUGAGCGGGCCUCUGUGCUGGCUUCUUUGGAGCGAAUUGGGGAGGCUCUCGCUGAGCUGGAGGCGCUUCAGCGGAUGGCUCCAGGGGAAGCCAGUGUCGCCUUCCAGAUGGGAAAGCUAUUUAAGCGCCUCAACAACCGCACGGUAAGCAAGAGCACGUACGUUCAUGUGUGUUUUGGUGGCCGAACGAGCAAGAGCGUCAAGGUCCUCCUCUCAACACUGAGCACUCUUCUCGGAGUUGAACAGUUUCCCAACUGCCUUUAA